AAGAAAGAAAAACACAUAAUUAGAUCAUUCUCUCUCUCCAAUGGCAAGAAUGCCAUCAGAUCCUCUUGUAGUUGGCAGAGUGAUUGGAGAUGUUGUUGAUUGUUGUGAUCAAACUGUCAAAAUGGCAGUCACCUACAACUCUUCCAAGCAGGUGUACAAUGGCCAUGAGCUGUUUCCAUCUUCAGUGACUGUGAAACCUAAGGUUGAGGUUCACGGAGGUGAUAUGAGAUCAUUCUUCACAUUGAUCAUGACAGACCCAGAUGUUCCUGGUCCAAGUGACCCAUACUUGAGGGAGCAUUUACACUGGGUGGUGACAGACAUCCCAGGCACAACUGAUGCCACGUUUGGAAGGGAAUUGGUGAACUAUGAAAUGCCGAGGCCAAAUAUUGGGAUUCACAGGUUUGUUUUCCUUCUGUUCAGGCAGAAACGCAGGCAAACAGUGAUAAGUAUACCAUCUUCAAGGGACGGCUUCAACACAAGAAAGUUUGCUGAAGACAAUGACCUUGGUCAGCCUGUUGCAGCUGUGUUCUUCAAUGCACAAAGGGAAACAGCCGCAAGAAGGCGCUGAUAAAUCAGGAAAUAAUUAUAAAAAAUAAGGUACUAUUCCAGAAGGAAAAAAUAUUUAAAACAUUUUAAUUUGAAAAGGCGAUGGGUGCAGUAGUUUUAUAUAGUGUUUAGUGGGUCAUCAAGAAUAAAUCCUUGGUAAAUAAGUAUGUACUAUGCAUGUCAUAUCUCUGAGUGGAUAUAUAUGUAACCUAUCCCAAAGUACCAGGUUUUCAAGUUACUUAUAAAAUGAAUCAUUUGAUGGCUUAAGCGUGUUACUUUGUAGUUUGAUUUUCUAGAAAUAAAAUGGAAGAAAUAAUGGUGUAUUGGU